AUGGCUUCUCUGGCCAUCGCGCAGACCUUUACGGACUAUAACCCUCUACAGACGCAGUGCCCCGACAACAAAGGGCUGAACCAGGGACCGUUCAUCUCCGACUUUACCAAGAACCACCCGUCACUCGAUCAAUGGAAGAUCACCGGUGGCACCCUCCAGUUCAGCGACCAGGGAGCAGAGCUCGCCGUCCGCGAUAAGGGCGAUGCGCCCACUCUCCAAAGUAAAUUCUACAUCUUCUUCGGCAAAGUCGAGGUAAAAAUGAAGGUCGCCCCGGGUAUUGGCAUCGUAAGUGCCAUGGUUCUCGAAUCGAAUGUGUUGGACGAGAUUGGCUGGACCAACUACUUUGGAAGGGGCGAUACAUCUUUCUUUGAUCGCGGAUCAUUUGAGACCUUCGCCAGUCCUCGGGACGUAUUCCAUACUUAUGCAGUGGAGUACACUCCCGAGAAAAUUACUUGGUCAAUUGAUGGCACGGCCGUGCGGACGGUCACCUUUGAUGAAGCCAAGGGCGGCACUCGCUACCCGCAGCAGCCCAUGACAGUCAAAAUUGGCCUCUGGGAGGGUGGCGAUCUUGAAAAUGAUGCCGAGACAAUUCAAUGGGCUGGUGGCCAGACCGAUUACAGCGCUGGACCCUUCACGAUGUAUAUCAACUCCAUCAGCGGCUCCUGGAAGAGUAUCAAGAUGGAGGAUGAUUCUUCGUUGGGCGCGAGCGAGUCGAUUCAUGUCACUGGCACCACUAUCGGUUCGGCCUCUCAUCCCCCGAAGGCUUCCAGUGUAGUGCAUCCUCAUCCUGCAUCGGCCACUACUAGUCCCAGUUCGGCUUCCACGUGUGUUGCAGAUCCCUCGAUCAGUCUGCUUGAGGGACGUGCCAGCGCCCAGCUGCAAGCAUCGUCGUUGGUUAUUGGGAUCUUAAGUACUUUGGUAUCUACCCUGCAGUUGUAA